AUGACCAGACUUGGCCUUUUCUCGGCGCUGGCCACUGCCGCGACGGCGCAACAAUCUGCCUGGGGACAGUGCGGAGGAACAGGCUGGUCUGGCGAGACGGUCUGUGUGAGCGGCUAUGCCUGCUCUAGCAUCAACGCAUACUAUUACCAAUGUGUUCCGGGGUCGACUACGCAGCAAACCUCGACUGCGGGAGCUACCACGACUGGCGGCACAACGACGGCAACGACGACAACGAUAGCUACCACGUCAGCCGGCAACACAACUCCCACAGUGUCCUCAACCACAUCUGCUCCAAAGACGCUCGUCUCGGGUUACUACUGGAUCAGGGCCGUCGAAUCUCCAAACUACCACUCGUACCUACAGGCGGCCCCAACGGCAACGCCGUCCCCGGGGCCUGGUGAUGCCUACUUGCUCUCACCGGGUGCUGCAGGCCAGUUCAAUGUGGUCGACGGCCAGCUUGUCUAUUACACUGGGGGAAGUGACCUUUUGUACAUGGGCGUGGAGAACCCAACCAACAAGUCGCAGCGUACGCUAGAGACGUGGUUCAACAGCACCGAAAACGAUUACGGUACCUUUGCCUUCCAGGGCGAUACGCUGACGUGGAGCGUCGAGGAUAUCAGCAGACCCAACACUGCAGCCUGGCUAGUCUGUGGUGACGAGGGUCAGCUGUAUAUCAAUACUGGGGCAUAUGCUUACGAAACUCCGGAUGGGUGUUCCGAUGAGACUAUACAUUAUUAUGGAGGCUCCACGGCAGAUCUUUAG